CUUGCUUCGAUCGUGACGUGGUUGUUGUGGCUAGAAAGAGAAGAAAUAGUCAUAAUACUGAUAACUUCCUACAGGUCGUUCACUAAGUUAUCAUGGAAUAAUUCAGUUGGUAAUUUAUUCUCAACAGUUAGCAAACCGUUUCGCGCAGUCUUCUCUGGCAUUGAGACCUCUAGGCUGCUGCGCUGGGACACGCCAGUCAUAACCCUGGGACUGUCUGCGUCAUCAUGAAGCUAUACAGCCUAAGCGUCCUCCACAAAGGAGCGACUAAAUCCAAUCUCCUAAAAUCCGCAUAUGACCUCUCCUCCUUCAGUUUCUUCCAGCGCUCCAGUGUCCAAGAGUUCAUGACCUUCACCAGCGCCUUGAUUGUGGAGCGUUCUGCACACGGCAGCCGAGCCUCAGUCAAAGAACAAGAGUACCUGUGCCAUGUGUAUGUGAGGAAUGACAGUCUGAGUGCAGUGGUGAUAGCAGACAGCGAGUACCCCCAAAGAGUCGCCUUCACACUACUAGACAAAGUGCUAGAGGAGUUCUCCAGGCAAGUGGAAAGUAUAGACUGGCCAUCUGGAAACCCAGACACCAUCAACUACAAAGCCCUGGACAUCCACCUGGCCAAAUACCAGAACCCCAGAGAGGCAGAUGCGAUGACCAAAGUGCAGGCUGAGCUAGACGAGACAAAAAUCAUUUUGCACAACACCAUGGAGUCUCUGUUGGAUAGAGGGGAGAAGCUGGAUGACCUGGUGCAGAAGUCUGAACACCUGGGGAACCAGUCUAAAGCCUUUUAUAAGACUGCACGGAAGCAGAACUCAUGCUGUGAGGUCAUGUGAUGUUGCUGGACUGUCCUCUUGGAUAUGUCUCUUUGCCUUUCUGCUCAUUCUACAACUUCCAUCGUGCCUCCAGGAGACAGAAUGGCCUCCACUCAGUCUCUGGGAGGGCGCAGGGGAGGGGGGACGUGGGAUCUCUGCAAUCUCUUUACAUGCUUACUGGGGAAGAGGAGAGGGGGUGGGGCUGCAGGACUGGUGGGGUUUCAUCAGGAAAAUAUCAUACUUAUUGGCUUUGUUGUAACAGUUCAAAAUGUGUUUACAGGAGGUUCAUAGCCAGCCAGGAUGUGUUUGUUGUUCAAAAUGUCUUAAACUGUUUCCUGAGUUCAGACUGUAUCAGAGUCUUAAUCUGAGUUUGAGCUCAGCUUUCUGGGAGUUUUGAUCUAAUGCUUGGCGUUAAAGAAACCCUGACAAUCUCCCUCUGUACUCAAUGCAGUAACUCACAGGAUCUGCUGGUGAUCUCGUUAAGGUCUGGUAGUGACAUUUUUAUUUCCCUCUGCCCAGUAAAUGACACUGUUUCCUCACAUUUGUAGUUCAGGUAUGUUCAACUCUGUAUGUAAAGGGCCUCUAUGUAGCCCAGAGUAAUACCAUUGUGUUUAAUGUAAUGUGAGCAAAGUGUCUGUCUGUAACUGGGCCUGAGACAACAGAACUCCAUGAUCAAAUCCUCUUGAGUUUGUUUUCAAAGCUCAUUUCUACAGGACAUUAAUUGGAUUAGUUCACAUAUAGUUGUGUUUUGAUUAUGUAACCUAAUCAAAACAACAAUAUGUAACCUAUUGUUGUUUUGUUGUUCUCUAUGAAGAUGUGAAAACUUUGAAACAUUCCCAGGUUUUUCAAAUUCACAAAUUGAUUGGUAUUAUAGCACAAGCGGAUGAACUUAUGUUGAACUAAAAUGGGGUGGCCUGUACUUAUAGAGCAUUGUGUAGUGAUGUCUACAGAUUCUCAUUGAUACACAAAGCCUUAUUAAAAUAUGGGUUAGUUUGAAGUCCCCCUACGUAUGUGUUUGGAAAGUGUCCUAUUGGAGGGGCUCUCUGACUUUGUAAUCCUUCUAAAGCUGUUGUGUUUCUAUUCUGGACAAAGUCUCUUUAAAACAUGGCACACAAUGAAUCAGCCACGACCCACCCACCAAUGGGUUCUGCUCCACCAUUAGGUGUUCUACUGCAGCCUGAUGUCUGCAGCUCUGCCCCCUGUUGGCAGUGUAAACAUACUACAUAUGGAUUAGAUUUCAACUCUAACUGAAUGAUCAUGACAACACAUAUUGUCUAGUUAACUUCACUUUUGCAACAAGGAAAUUACUACCUGAGGUUAUUUUGUGGUGAACAAUGCUUGUCAUGUUGCCGGUAGAAAUGUAAUGUAUAGAACAGAUCCCUUUUCAGCAUAACACUGAAUCGUGUGCUUUUUACAAACAUUUCUAUCAAUGUAUUCUAUUUCAUUUAACAGGCUCAGCUUUGUGUACACAACACUCACAGGUCACUCCUUUUGUUGUGAUCAGUAUUAUAACAUACCCAUUUGAUUUAUUUUUUCAUAGCAGAAAUGCCUUCAGGUUUUCAUUGUUUCCAGACCCCAGCAGAUGAGUUGAACAAGUGAGAUGAAGAGGCAUUUGAUAUUUUAGAUGUAGUAUAUCUUGCUGCUUUAUUUUGUGUGUAUGACCUGGUUGUGUGUAAUUGUCUUCGUGAUUGUGUGUGCAAAGACAUUAGUCAGACUUGAACUGCUCAUAUUGCUCUAUGUCACAACUUCUGUGCAAUAGUAGGCUGACUAUAUUCUCUCCAUAUAAUGUUUUAUCUUGAAACCUGUUUCUCAUUUGAGUAGGGCAAACAGUUAGUUUGACCCCAGUGUUUCCAAUGAAAGAUACUUCUAUGACCCA